UCCGGUUCCGUUGUAAACCUUUCACGUUGGCAUAUCCCAAGGCAGCUGUUGAUCUUAUGUUGUAGAAUUUUUAGCAAGAUGCAGUUCGACAUAAGAAGAUUUGAUGUUUACAGGAAGGUUCCUAAGGAUCUGACCCAGCCCACAUUAACUGGUGCCUGUAUCUCUAUCUGCAGUGUUCUGUUUAUUCUGUUUCUCUUUUUCUCCGAGCUCUCGCUUUUCAUCUCCCAUGAUGUAGUCAGUGAAUUGACAGUGGAGGAUCCUGUCAAACAUUCAGAGAAAAUUCCUGUCUUCAUCAACCUCACUUUACCCAAGUUAAACUGUAAAUAUCUAGGACUUGACAUACAGGAUGAUAUGGGAAGACAUGAAGUGGGUUUUCAAGACAAUACUCAAAAGUUUGAUGUCAAUGGGGGAACAGGGUGCCGCAUGGAAUCCCACUUCCUCAUCAACAAAGUGCCUGGUAACUUCCACGUCUCUACUCACUCUGCAGAACAGCAGCCGGAUAAUCCGGACAUGACUCACCUCAUCCACAAAGUCCGGUUUGGAAUGGAUCUACAGGAAGGAAAGGAUGUUUCUGGUUCCUUUAACCCAAUGGAAGGCCUGGAUAAGACCAAAGCACAAGCAAUAGCUACACAUGAUUACAUUGUGAAAAUCGUCCCAUCAGUGUAUGAAGAUUCCAGAGGAAACCUACGAUAUCCAUAUCAGUAUACAUACUCUUAUAGGGAUGUUAUUCAAUAUGGCCAUGGUGGACGGAUGAUGCCAGCAAUCUGGUUCCGCUACGAUCUCAGUCCAAUUACAGUCAGAUACAAGGAGAAGAGAAAACCUUUCUACACAUUCCUUACCACGGUUUGUGCCAUUGUUGGGGGAACAUUCACAGUGGCGGGGAUCAUUGAUUCCUGUAUAUUCACCGCCGCUGAAGUCUUUAGGAAGCUGGAGAUUGGAAAACUCAGUUGAUCUCAGAGAGUACUAGCUCGGGAUAAAAAUUAACUUCAUCUAGUCAGACAGAAACAUGGGACAAAAAUUAAAACUAACUGCGUUAGGGAGGUCUAAGUAUGAUUUAACAAGUAGGGAAUAUUUACUUUUUAAAAAUUUUAUAAUUAUUUAUGUCCAAUUUAAUAUGUAAGUUAUUGAUUUAAUGAGGAGAAUUUGAUAUCUCAAAAGUU